CUCUGUGUUCUGCAAUGGGAGAUGGGACAGUUCGUGAGCUGAAGUAGUUGGGUUUUGGCCAAUAGCUUCACUUUGCAAACAGGGGAAGGGGCAGAGCAAAAAGGUUGGAGAUAAAACCCCUCGAUGUUUGCAUCAAAGGCAAAACUGAACCCUUCAGCAUCUCUCCAACUUGGAUCUGGCUUGCUGGGCUGGUGAGGGAAGAUGGAGGGGUCCCAGUGACCCGAAAAGCAGUGGCAGCCCCAUUGCUGCCAGUGAAACGCACAGUUGGAGAAACCCCUCGUUUCCUCCCAGCCCCCUGUUUUCCCAGCCCCUGCUGGGAAUUAGUGCAGGAUUCCAGUUCCAGGAGCUGCCGGCAGAGCCCACACCAGCUCCCAGCAGCGCUUCCCCGCUCGCCCCAGGGGCUGGUUUCACUUUCGUGUUCCUCCCCGCGGCUGCUGGGAACGGGUUUGUCUUUACCGGAAGCAUUUUCAGAGCCCAAAUCCCCUCUUCCGAGGCAUCCGGAGGCUGUAGCGCAGAGAAAGGGCGGCUCUUAACGUGCGAGAGCAUCCUCAGGCUCAGGAACAGCCUUUCCCCUGGGGACGGGGAUCCCUCAACAAGGAUCCCUCGACUCCCUUGGCAGUGCUUUGGUCCGGCUGAAGCGCAGGGACUGCAGCAGCCGUCACAACCCGCUGGGACUUCAGUUUCCUGUUUUCAAGAACAGAGGCUUCUCCAAGAAGAGUCACCCAUUCCUGCCCAAAAUAUUUAGAAAAAUGUCUACUCAAUCAGCCAAAGAACGACCCGAAAGUUUGCACUUCCCCUUCCUCGACGAUGAAGACACCAUCUCCACGCUCAAAGAGUCUAAAACCUUCUUUAUCCUCCGAGGCCUGCCCGGCAGCGGGAAGUCCACGCUGGCCCAGGCUAUCCAAGACCGGUAUAAAGAUGCCUGCAAGGUCAUCUCUGUCGAUAGCUAUAAAAUCACACCUGCCAUUAGAAGCGCCAUUCCUGAAGAGUAUUCAAAGGUGGAUGAGGAUCUAGUUGACUAUUGCAAACGAGACAUCAGCGUUAUCGUUUUGGAUGACACUCACCACGAGAGGGAACGACUGGACCAACUCUUUGAUAUUGCUGACAAAUACCGGUACAAAGUCAUCUUCGCCGAGCCCAAAACCCCGUGGCGACAGGAUUGCUUGCAGCUGAAGGAAAAGAACCAAUGGAAACUGUCAGCGGAAGAGCUGAAGAAGAUGAAGCCGAGCUUGGAGAAGGAAUUCCUACCCAUGUAUUUUGGGUGGUUUUUGAGCAAAAGAAGCUCGGAGAUCCUGCGGAAGGCUGGCCAGGCCUUCUUAGACGAGCUUGCGAGUCUCAAGGCCUUCAAAAAGGAGAGUAAAUACUUUGCUUCCGCUAUCGAAGACCCCAAAAUCAAAAUCGCUCUCACCAGCUACUUUGUGAAGAGGCCGCCCGGGGUCCUGCACUGCACCACGAAAUACACCGACUUCGGGAAGGCAGCUGGGGCCGAGGAGUACGCGCAGCAAGAAGCUGUGAAGGCUUCAUACGGCAAAGGCUUCACCUUGUCCAUCUCGGCCCUGUUCAUCACAACAAAAACUGUGGGUGCUCGCGUGGAGCUGAGCGAGCAGCAGCUGCUGCUCUGGCCUGGGGAUGCCGACAAGAUCCUGCCCACCGACAACCUCCCGAAGGGCAGCCGGGCCCACAUCACCCUCGGCUGCGCCAACGGCGUCGAGGCCGUGCAGACCGGGCUGGAUCUGCUGGAGUUCGUGAAGCUGGAAAAGGCAGGGAACAAAGGGGAUGAAGUGGGGGAGAUUGGAGGAGGGAAACUGCUGUAUUUUGAUAACGGGAUGUGGAUGCUCACCCUCUCGAAAAAGAUCGAUGUGAAGGCAAUAUUCUCGGGUUACUAUGGGAAAGGGAAACUUGUGCCAACGCAGAGCACCAACAAACGGGGCUCUGCUUUUAGCUCUUGCACCAUCAUCUAGGAGCACGGGCAGGGAACCUCGUUUGGUUGGUUUUAAAAGGCAAGUAACUCCUGUAACCUUUAAACGUGUAAAGAGAAAUAAUUCUACCUUUACUAAAGCCCUUUUGCCAGCCCCUGGGUGAAGCCUCUCUGGGGAGAGGUAACUGGCCUCAGAACAAGGAAGAAAACAAGCACCAAAGAAAAGCUGUCCCAUAACCACUGUCAGCAGCCGAAGUGCUGCUGAGGGUAUUCAACACAAGAGUUGUGGCGAGAACAAGCCGUGUGCUCUGCUUGUUUUCUUCCUCGGAGGAAGAGCCUCUAUGGUCUGUUAUAACUUCCCUAUGAACCACAAUCGUUUGAUCCUUACCUGUCAGCACUCCAAAGCCUGCACAGACAGGGCUGAAGCCAAGCGACACAACUGCCCCGUGUCUCCCCCUUCUCCCGCACCCCAGGGCCCAACAUCCGUCAUUCCGGUACCUGAGCUCCUGGGUACAACCCAGCAAGACCCUGGUGUGGGUCCCUUCUGUGUGGCAGUUACUGAGCCCAGCCCGCAGAAGGGGGCACACGGGGGGCCAUGGGGUGUCCCCCAGCUCCAGGGGGGCCGCCAGGCGUGCUCUGCCCCAUGCUCUGCCCAACUCCUGUCUGCGUCAACGCCUCCUUCGCUGCAGGGGAGGGAUGCGCUGGUGAGCGGACAGAAGGAAAGGACCUUGGGAGAUGGUGUCCUUAAGACCACUGUGAUGGCGUGAGAGGGAAAUACCAGGAGAGGUGUUCAGAUCCUGCAGCUUCCCUUCACCCGUCGGAGCGGGUGGGAGCAAGCACUCUCCCUGUCCUUAUCCUGUAGGGAACAAUCCUGCCUUGGCAGGGAGUGGAAGAGAUGAACUAAAGUCUUUUCCAUCUUAUCUGAUAGAAACUAAAAUCGUGUCUGAAGUACAGAGCUGUACUUCAUGCAAGAUUUUACUACUUUUCUCUAAUGCACUUGAAUGUUAAGAGGUAGGAUGGCAGUAACAUCGUAAUCUAGGAAGUAAGUGGAGGCAUUGUAACUGCGUAACUCAAGUCUGCUCAAACCUAAACCGUUGGCUGGAAACAAAGAAGUUAAUGGUCAAGCACUCCUGUUAUUAAGCCUCUUUUAUGGAAACUUAUGUUUUUGCUCUUAGCCAGGCCCUUUGCCAGUCAGUCGGUGGAUACACGGUCACUACUUGACGUUAACACAGAGCUCGACUAAUGGAUUCAGGUCAGGACACCAGUUUAAACUCACGCUACGGCUCAGUGAACUGUGUAGUGGAAUUAACCCUGUAUUAACACAUGUAAAUACUUACCAUGUUUGACAAGCCUGUGCUGGGCUGGGAAGGAGCCGUCGUGUGGCUGCAGCUUCCCUGGAGCUGGGGGUGCACCGAGGCCGUUCCUUGGGAAGCCCAACGCUGCCCGGGCAGGGGGUGUUUCUCCUCUGAAGGUUCAACACGAAGCAAGCGCUGUGGGGCUGCGGAACGCUUGGUCACUUUACCAGGAAAGCCAAAUACUUCCUGCUGUUUCAAAAAGAGGGAUGAUGAUAAAUUCUCAGUGUAACAUAAAAAGAUGGCGUAGAAACACCCCACAGCGCCUGUCCUCCUCCCUUGCCUUCAGCAGAGAAACCCUUGCUAGCUCCUGCACCGGGGUGAGGGCCCCGUGUCCAGCUUGGGCCUUCCCAACAGGAAUCUCACGUGGGUUUGUUCCAUCUAAACUCCAUGAAGGUCUUUCCCAGCGCGGGAGCACGCUGAGCCCUCUCCCCCAGGGCCCAGCCCAGCGCUCCCGGUCUCACCCAGCACCACUGUGCACAGCUGGAGUAUCUUGUGUGUUUGCCUGUCCAAGAACAACAGCGAGACUGUCGUCGUUUCAGUUUUUAUUAGUUUGUACAUCAUAUACAGUUUAUAAUAAAGUAAACCAAUUGCAUAUGG